AUGUCGAUAAUGAAGAUGAUGACUGUGGAAGCUAUUGUAAUCUUACAACCCGCAUCAUCCCCUUAUAAUAUUGCGGAAAAAGUUCAGCAGGCUAAUAUUGAUUUAUUCAGUACUAGUAUCACAACCAUGGAAAAAACUUCACGAGUUAAGUUCAAAGAAGAGUUAACUUCUUAUGAACCUGAAUUGUUUCUAACUGAUGAUGAUGUUAACAGCAUUGAAAGUGACCCCCCUGAAAGUGAUUUUGUGCCAGAUUCGGGUCAAAUGUUGGAAUAUAAAAGUUCAAAUGUAAUUAAUUUAAAUAUUUUUGAUAUAAACGAAGAGGAAGAGAUUGACGAGGAAGUUGUCGAAGAGAUAGUACCAGAUGAAUCCGAUGUUAUCAGAAAUAAUUUUGACAAUAAAACAAAUUUUUUUGAGGAAUUUAACGAAUCGGAAUGUUCGGAACAAAACGAAAAUGUUACUGUUAGAAUUUCAUCAAGCGGUUGUAAUAUGGAAUCUACCUUAAAAAAGAAGAAAGUCAGAAAAAAAUCGCCUCUAUCUAAAUCCUCAAAAUCAGGAAAUGUGCACAUUGAGUGUAAAAAUCAUUGUAUUGAACGACUAGACUUCGACAUGUCUAUGUCUAUAAAAAAAUUGGAAAUUCACGAAAAACCGGUUAAAUGCCCUUUACUGAAACUCCAAAGUCGCAAAUGUUGCGAUGAGAAUAAAUCUCGCAAUCCCACAAAUCUUCCUUGUUAUAACGGCCACCGUUCCGAAUACGGCUUGAGUUCCGAAGAGCUGGAAAAACGCGAACGUCGCAAAGAAAUAAUUAAACUGAAAGAGCAAAAACGUCAGCAAUUAAUGCAUGAAUACAAAAACCGAAAAAAUCAACAGAACGAGGAAGUGUUUUGCCAAUGGUUGAAAGAUGUAGCACGAAGAAAAGCGCAAAAACAAAAGAUCAAUACCGGUAAUGGGGCGAAGCAGUGUUUCAGUCCUAAUGUAAUUAGCUUUCCAACGAAAGUUUGUGAAAAAACAAACGAGAGACCAAAAACUGCUAAUGAAUUCGUUCCGCGACAAAACAUAAAAAGAGCAAGGAGGCCGCAUACUUCGCCCGCUUGCGUUUUUAUUGAAGUUCCGCAAAAGCUGUUAGAACGUGGAAUACAUAUAGGGGAUUUGUUGGUUACCAAUUCCAAUUUCGCAGCCAAGAAAAUGCAUAUUUUGACCGUCUCGUCUUAA